AGAUUUUAUUCAAUCGUGUCGUAACUCUCGAAUACAAUGUCGGUGCUCUGGUUUAUAGUUAGUGCCUACGUUUUAGUCGUAGGUCCAAUACAAGCUGCGAGGAUCCUCUUCUACAUCCCCACACCGUCCAUCAGCCAUCAAGUGGUGUACCGUCCUCUGGCGCAGACGCUAGCCAGCCGAGGCCACAAUGUCACCGUCAUCACCGCAGAUCCCGCCUUCCCCAAAGGGAAAGCACCAGCAAACCUGACAGAAAUAGAUCUACAUGACAUCUCUUACGAGAUAUGGCAAGAACAACUUAUGAAGGAAGCAAGAGAGGACGUAGGUGACCUGAGAGCUCAACUAGCAACAAUAAUGAAGACAAUGUACAUGGUAUUGGAUAAACAGCUGCAAGAUGAGCAGAUUCAGACUUUGGUCAAUGACAAAAAUAAACAGUUCGAUUUGUUGCUGUUGGAAGCAGUUUUACCACCACUCCUGGUAUUCUCACACAUUUAUAAGGCACCAGUGAUUCAAGUUAGUACUUUUGGUGCUUUGACCGGAACUUAUGAAUCAGUGGGAGCUCCCACGCAUCCACUCUUGUAUCCACUAAAUACUCGUCAAAAACUGCGCGACUUAACGCUUUGGGACAAAUUCACUGAAGUAUUUAUUCAUUAUGCAGUAGAAAACCUUUGGUAUAGUUUUUACGAUGUCGGUGACAACAUACUGAAAAAGCACUUCGGACCAGCGGUGCCCAAGAUUGAAGAAUUAGUAAAUAAUAUUGAUAUGGUAUUCAUGAAUAUACAUCCGAUGUUUGAAGGCAUUAGACCUGUUCCUCCCAAUGUUGUCUACCUACAUGGCUUACAUCAAAAACCCACAAAAGACCUCCCUCAGGAUCUCAAGUCUUACUUAGAUUCAUCGAAACAUGGAGUCAUUUAUGUGAGCUUUGGUACCAAUGUAGAUCCUGCUCUUUUGCUGCCAGAAAAAAUACAAAUAUUACUACGAGUGUUCUCUCAGUUGCCUUACGAUGUUUUGUGGAAAUGGAGCAAAGAUGAAUUGCCUGGUCGAUCUCCAAACAUUAGGAUAGCUAAAUGGUUUCCACAACCGGAUCUACUCAAACAUCCCAAUGUCAAGUUGUUUAUAACACAAGGAGGAUUACAGUCCACAGACGAGGCCAUCACAGCUGGAGUUCCAUUAAUCGGCAUGCCGAUGUUGGGUGACCAACAUUUCAACGUAGAAAGAUACGUUUCCUAUGGUUUUGGAAUCAAACUCGACAUGAAAACGCUGACUGAAGAAAAACUUAAGCAUGCAAUAAACGCUACAAUAGCAGACGACAGCUACCGUCGCAACAUGGAACGUUUCCGUACGAUAAUAAACGACUCGCCGCAGACUCCGCUGGAGCGCGCUGUGUGGUGGACGGAAUACGUGCUGCGACACGGUGACGCCAAGCACCUGCGUGCACCCAGUGCCAAUAUCUCAUGGAGACAAUACUUAGAACUUGAUCUGGUCUUAAUCUUACUAUCAGUAUUGUUAAUAGCUGUCACAGUUAGCGUUAUAGUACUUCGCUUAGUGUAUAGAGCUGUAAGAUCUUACUUAGUUAGUGAUGUUAAGAUUAAACGGAAUUGAUCUGGAUUUAAAA